AUGGCCGGUGGGGGAGUUGCUGUUCGGCUCUACUUCAUCUCGGGGGCCGGGAAAGGCCGCGGCACCUCCCGCAGUCAAGAGGGCACUGGGGUCCCUCAGAGCGGCUCUCGCGGGCGGUUCCUGGGCAGACAUCAAAGGAUCCAUUCAGAAGAGAAAUAUGAAUGCCUGGAGUGUGGAAAGAGAUUCAGUCUGAGGGGAUGUGGAAAGAGGUUCAGUCAUCACGGAAAUCUUUAUGCACAUAAAAGAAUCCAUUCAAGAGAGAAACAGUAUAAAUGCCUACAGUGUGGAAAGAGCUUCAGUGAGAGGAGCGGCCUUUAUAAACAUCAAAGGAUCAAUUCAGGAGAGAAAUCAUAUGAAUGCCUGGAGUGUGGAAUGAGAUUCAGUCGCUUCAGUAAGAGGAGCAACCUUUACUGUGGAAAGAGCUUUACUGAAAUUCGAGGUCUCCAUAAACAUCAAAGCAUUCACAGAGGAGAAAAAGCAUAUAAAUGUCUGGAGUGUGGAAGAAGCUGUAGUCAGAGUGGAAACCUUUACAGACCUCAAAGACUCUAUCCAGGAGAGAAACCUUAUAAAUGCCUGGAGCGUGGAAAGGGUUUCUGUGGGAAGGGAAGUCUUUAUCAGCAUCAAUCCACUUGGGAGAAAAACAGUACAAAUACCUUGAGUUGUGGAAAGAGCUUCAGUCAGAGCGGAAGCCUUUGUGCACAUCAAAGGAUCCAUUCAGGAGAGAAAUCGAUCCACUCAAGAGAAGAACAGUAUAAAUGUCUGGAGUGUGGAAAGAGCUUCAGUCAGAGGGGAGACCUUUAUAUACAUGAAAGAAUUCACCCUGGAAAAAAACCAUAUGAAUGCGUGGUGUGUGGAAAGAGCUUCAGAGAGAAACCAUAUAAAUGCCUGGAGCGUGGAAAGAGUUUCUGUGGGAAGGGAAGUCUUUGUCAGCAUUAA